UAUGAAAAAUUGAUUUGACACUUAUGGCGGAGCAAAAUUAUUUUAAGAAUGUCAAGUCGAGUCGGUAUUACGAGGUGCCCGGUCUAAAACUAAACCGGGUUCAGACCAAUACGAAACCGCAAAUUCCGUUCUCCUCGCCGUUGAAAAUCACAAGAGUAUAAUUAGAAUGCCAUGGCGAGACCUCCUUUGAACAACGCUAUCAGGUUCAAGCACUCACUUCUUCUCUUCGUCUCUCCUCCUCCCCUUCUUCUUCGUUCAAUCAACUCAACGUCAAUCACUUCCCGAAACGUUUCAUUUCCCGCAAAAAGCUCAACAGCAACCGGAAACCUAUUGCGCCUGCGUUGUUGUUGUUGGAGAGCAAUGACAACGAUGCUCCAGGAGCAGCAACCAGUUCAAGUUGAAGUGAAGGAGAAGAUUGAUCUCACAGAAACCGAAAAGAGGAUAUUCGAUAGGCUCCUCGGCACUCUCCGCCACUUCAAUCUGCAAACUCAGCUCCGUGUCGCCGGUGGCUGGGUGCGGGAUAAGCUUCUUGGCAAAGACUGUUAUGACAUUGAUAUUGCUCUUGACAAUAUGAUGGGCAGUGAAUUUGUUGAUAAGGUGAGGGAGUACCUGUCUUCUACAGGAGAAGAAGCACAGGGACUUGCUGUUAUACCAUGCAAUCCUGACCAGUCCAAACACUUGGAAACAGCAAGGAUGCGCCUCUUUGAUUUAUGGAUUGAUUUUGUCAAUUUAAGGUGUGAAGACUACAGUGAGAAUAGCCGCAUUCCUACAAUGAAAUUUGGGACAGCAGAGGAGGAUGCUUAUAGAAGGGAUUUAACAAUUAACAGCUUGUUCUAUAAUAUUAAUACCUGCUCUGUUGAAGAUCUAACCGGAAGAGGCAUUUCGGAUCUGAAAUCUGGAAAAAUUGUAACUCCAUUACCUCCAAAAGCUACAUUUUUGGAUGACCCCUUACGAGUUCUUCGAGCUAUUCGGUUUGGUGCAAGGUUUGGCUUUAUUCUAGAGGAACAACUAAAGGAAGCUGCUGCCUCUGAUGAUGUGAAGACUGCUCUUGCAGCAAAAAUUAGCAGAGAGCGGAUUGGAAGUGAAAUUGAUUUGAUGAUCUCUGGCAACGAACCGGUUAAAAUAGCAUUAUUUCUCCCUUAUAUCUGUUUGCUACUACUUUCUUUUGCAUUUUUUUUCUCUCAGGUCUGUCUGAUUCUACCAUGUUGUAUCUUUAGGUCUGAUGGAAAAAAAACUGUUUUAUCUUUAACCUUAUACAGGUACUGUGUUGCUUACUUGGGUGCUGCAUGGAGCCUAAUUCAGUUAGUUGGAUCCUCUAACUUCAGUGAUGAACAGCGACGGCUCUCUCUAUAUGCUGCUUUAUUUCUCCCAUUCAGGCAGACUACAUACAAGAAUAAGAAAGCUAAACAGGUUCCUGUUACAGACUACAUUUUCAAAGAAUCUCUCAAGCGAAAAACCAGUGAUGCGGAAACAGUUAAAAAUGUUCACAAUGCACUGGAGAAAUUCUUAUUUUUGAUUCCUUCUCUUGUAUCUGAUGAGGACAUUCAACUUGAUGAUAGUGACUGGGCAAAAGAAUUUGUUGAUGUCCCCGUUACUGCAAGAGUGCGGGUACUAACAGGGUUCCUUCUCAGGGAAAUUAAAGAAUCCUGGACAGUUGCCUUGCUGAUGUCUACAUUGUUAAUCCUAUCGAUGGUGACUGUAACCCAAGAUAUUUUAAAUAAGAAAUUUCAACUGGACAAGAGAAAAGAUAUAUUUUGGGCGGUUGAGAAUGCGAUUGGUAAACUGGGUUUGGAUAAAGUAUGGGAAGUAAAACCGCUGGUGAAUGGGAAGGAGAUCAUGAAUGUUUUGCAGCUUAAAGCGGGAGGACCUCUUGUUAGAGAAUGGCAACAAAAAUUGCUGGCAUGGCAGCUAGCCCAUCCUUGUGGGACUGCUGAGGAAUGUCUUGACUGGAUGAAGCAAUCCCAUUCAAAGCGUUUGAGGGUGGAAUAACUUUUUCCAACCAACUGCUUCCUCAGGAUAUCUGUCAUCUUAAUUUGAGGUAGUUCAACUUAGGAGUAUAAUUCUUACAUCUGGUGCCUAUGAAACAAUGUUUAAUUUGCAUAAGUAGGAUAAACUAGAAAAGAAAAAGUUUAGCAGCAUACCAAAAUUUUAUUAAUUUUAAAUGGUUUAUUUAAUUUUUCAUUUUUUCAUUCACCCAAUUGGAUCUUAAGAUGUAAAAUAGUAAA